CUGUGGGAAUGUUAAAUGGUGAACAAACAGACAACACAGGCUGCUAUGAGCCACCGUGCGUCUGACGUCACUCCCCUUAGUAACCCUCGGCGGCGUCUCCAGGAGAGAGAAGGCAACAAGAUGGGAUUACUGUCAAUUUUGCGGAAGCUGAAAAGCACACCAGAUCAGGAGGUGAGGAUACUUCUGCUGGGGUUAGAUAAUGGAGGAAAGACCACUCUGCUCAAACAAUUGGCUUCUGAGGACAUCAGCCAUAUCACCCCUACACAGGGAUUCAACAUAAAAAGUGUGCAGUCACAAGGUUUUAAACUGAAUGUCUGGGACAUUGGCGGCCAGAGGAAGAUCCGACCGUACUGGCGAAAUUAUUUUGAAAACACAGAUGUGCUGAUUUAUGUCAUUGACAGUGCUGACAGGAAGAGGUUUGAAGAAACGGGUCAGGAGCUGGCUGAGUUGUUGGAUGAAGAGAAGUUGAGUGGUGUACCACUGCUGAUCUUUGCCAACAAGCAAGACCUUUUGACUGCAGCUCCAGCUGCCGAGAUCGCAGAGGGUCUCAACCUGCACACCAUCCGAGAUCGAAUGUGGCAGAUCCAGUCCUGCUCUGCGCUCACGAGCGAAGGGAUUCAGGAGGGAAUGAACUGGGUCUGUAAGAGCGUCAACUCCAAGAAAAAGUAGCUCUGCUUCUAGGUGUCUUCAAAUGGAACUGCAGCACACACACCCACACUCCGACUCACACACACUGUCCUGAGCCUUAACCUUCUGAGACCCAACUCAGCGCCACACUAAAGCAAAAUAUUUCAAAAGGUGCAAUAGUGCAAUAUUUUAUUGACCUUUAACUGUAACAAUAUGAUGGGUUUUAAACCACAUUGACACCAGUGGGGUGGCAAUGUGUCCAUGGUCAAAUCAGUUUGCUAUAUCCACUUCCCCAACAGUGUCAGAGUGUUCGUGAGUACUUCCCAGAAGUACAGAAGCCGCAGGUGUAAUCAUUUUUUUGUCCCUCUCCUGUUUAAUGUUAUUCAACACAGAACUGUCCACGUUCCCAUAGCAACCACAGGCGAUGUGUUUGGCAUGAAAAACACAUCACAGGUGGGCAUUAAAAUAUGCCUCACCGUGAACCUCAAAAGCCCUGUGUUCCUUUUAAACUGUACUUUUAAACUUUGAUGUGGCUCAAACAUGUUAACAAAUGAUGCAUUUAUGUGCACUGCUGUUGUAGAACGAUACUACAAUCAAAUAUUGACUACUGUCACAUGUGUUGGUGGUGCGUGUGCUUCAUAUUUUAACCAAAGACAGUGGUCAUUGUCCAGAAAGUGUAAAAAGUCUAAUGCUUUUGCACCUACAAAUCUAAUGACGAAUGGCCUUGAAAGCCAACACAAAUGGCAUUGAUGCCUGCAUUUUUUCUGUCUGUUAAUGCGUUUAAGUGUCAAAAUACAACUAAACCACCAAACAGGUUACUUAAAUAAGCCUUCAGACAAUGUUUAAAUACGGCUCGUUUUUUACUGUUCAUCUGACUGCUGCGUGUCGAGGCGUAUGCACAUUUGAAAAAUAUCAAAUCAUGUGGCGUAUGUUCAAAAAUGUGUAAUGUGUUAUUGUUGAAUCACGCUUGUCUCACAUUUGUUCAACAAAAAAUGGGUUAAAAACUUGUCCUUGACCUUGAGCUGCCAGGUCUCUGGAGGUUAAGCAUCAGUCUAUACCUGUGAAUGUAAACACGACUAAUCAUGGACUAACUCUCAUCCCUCACACACAAAUGGUUGACUUCAAAGGGAAUCCAUGGCAGGAAAUCCACGCCCUCCAUCAAGUGCACCCACGUCAUUGCCAGCGUUCCAACCAAUCCCAGCUGCUGUCACAACCUCAAACAUUCCCAUUAAGUUCUUUCAUUGGAAUUCCACCCACUUCUGAAAAAGCAGUCAUGGAAACCAGCAUAGCAUUUGAACUUUGUUCCUGUAUUUUUUAUUCAGUCUAAGUUACUUUUCUUGCUUUGGUUUGAAGUGAAGUUUAUUUUUGUAAUGGCUUUAUUUAUGAUGUAGCAGACAGCGGUGUGGUUCAAGGGAAGUCUGGUGCGUUAAUGUGAUUCUUGGAAGGUUGAUAUCCGAUGUUAAAAUGUGUUACCUGAUGUACAGUCAGAUGGUCAUGCCAUGCAGUGUGCUUCAAAUAUCUAUGCUUUAGUCGUCCGAUGUAAAUAUAGUCGUGUGAUACCAUAGAUGGAUUAUUGUCCUUUGGUUAUUUGUAUUGGUGAUCUUCUCUAGUUACGUAGCUUUUAAGAUGAAUGAAAACAUACAGGCAACCAACACAUUUCUGGUUUCUUACAUUGAUCAAUCUUCAUUACCAACAAUAUUUACGUUAUUAUUUUGUUGUUGCUUGCAGACUAGAGUAAGGGACACAAAUACAACUAUACAAACCUAAUUCUCCAACUACUGAAGAAGGGAGCGUUGUGAUGAAAGUCAGCAUUUGAUGCAACCUACCUUGAACCACAUUAAUCCACCAGUUCCACACACUUUCUGUAACCAUGAACUUUCAAUUGAAAUGUAUGCUAAGAUGGACACUGAUAUUAGCUGAAUAUACAUAUUAAAUCAACCCUAAUAACAACUAUAAAUCUGCUAUUUCUCCUCCUUCCUGAGGUAAAUCGGUGACUGAUAUUUACCAUUCAUUUCACCAACACUUGAACUUGCCCACAUAACAACACUGUUCAUGUGAAUAUGUAUAAAAAGUUGAAGAGGAUCUACAUUUCUACGUGUAAAUAGCUUGGCCCUACGUUUAUAUGUUGUGCUCAUGUUAUAGAGAAAGUCCCACUGCUGCUGUCAUCUAUAAUGUUUGCGUAGGUGAAUGUUCAUUGUACUGUACGUCAGACGUGAGCGGCGUAGAGAGCAGCUUUACUUUUGAUAUUAUUGAAUGUAACCAGCCAGAACUGAAGGUACUGUAUGUGAAUAAAAAAACCCUCUGAAAGCA